AUGCUGAUGUUGUGGAGAGAGAAGGCUUGUAGGGCCGCUGGGUUGCCAGGGGCAACCAUGGAAGCUUGACUAGGCCAAAGCCCUUGCCAGUAGCUAGAGGAGGGUGAAAUAAUUUGGCAAAUGCCUUUUUAAUUUGUUCCAAUGGCAGCUUUUAAGCACCAAACCAGGGAUGCAGGUUGCUGCCCGCCACAUGGCAGUGGUCCCAAGAUGCCUGCUGCCUCUCUCCUCUGUGGCAUUUAGUAAGGCAAAGUGAGGGAACUCACAAGACAAUGAGGAGAGGAGUUGCAGGGCCUUAUUCAAAGAGUGUGUAAUGUGAGCAUGAAAAAGACUGAAAAGAGGACGAGUGAGUCCAUCAAGUUCCCCAGUUCUGCUGCUGGAAAUAACUGCUGUGGCUUGGGCUGAUGGGAUGUUUGUGUUUCCAAACAUCCGGAGGGCUUCGCCAAGUUGGCGAAGGCUUUAUUAUAUUAUUUAUUCAACUUUUUAUGCUCAUGUACCGCAAAAAAAAGACAGGACGGAGGUUCAUUCAAGUGGUCUGUGGGUUUGUGGUUGAACAUGGGAGAUGACCUAUCCACCGCAUUAAAUAUUUGUAUUGAUUCUUAUUUGUAUUAGAAAUGAAAGCAGGAAUUAAAAUGCAAUUAAAAAUUGCACCCCAUUUCGCACAGGCAUUUAUUACCAUUGCUUUAAUAGGCAGAAAGAUCAUUAAGUUGUCCACCAAGACCUUCAUCUGUUUUCAAGUCGUCUGGGGGUGGGAAGUUGGGAACCACUGGUGCAGGAAAUGAGCAAUUUAAUUCUAGGCUGUUUUCACCUUUUGAGGUACUGUGCCUCAAUGUCACCACAUUCAUUCUCUCUCCUAGGGCUAUUAUUUUCAUACAGAGAACCCCUUCAAAGACUGGCCUGGCGCUUUUGAGGAAGGCCUCAAGAAGCUAAGGGAGGGGGACUUGCCCCUGGCCAUCUUAUACCUGGAAGCUGCUAUUCUCCAAGAUCCUCACGACUCCGAGGUAUCCGCUCUGGUUAAUAUUCUGAAAUUGGAAUGCGUAGGCUUGAACUUAUUUGCUAAUAAUGGAAAUAAAGCCUUUAGCGGUCAUGUUUAAUAUCAUGAUCGACAUGAUGUCUCCAGUGCUAUCAAGCUGGAUGGGGAUGCGCCAUUGUAUUAAAAGGGGAAAGUUUACAAAUUAAGGAUCAACCCACAUUUCACAUCCAAUACAAAGCCUGCAAUAUAUAUUCGGUUGCAUCAGAUGUUGUAAAGGUAAAGGUACCCCUGCCCGUACGGGCCAGUCUUGCCAGACUCUAGGGUUGUGCGCUCAUCUCACUUAAGAGGCCGGGAGUCAGCACUGUCCGCAGACACUUCCGGGUCACGUGGCCAGCGUGACGAAGCUGCUCUGGCGAGCCAGCACCAGCGCAGCACACGGAAACGCCGUUUACCUUCCCGCUAUAAGGCGGUACCUAUUUAUCUACUUGCACUUAAGGGUGCUUUCGAACUGCUAGGUGGGCAGGAGCUGGGACUGAACGACGGGAGCUCACCCCGCCGCGGGGAUUCGAACUGCCGACCAUGCGAUCGGCAAGUCCUAGGCGCUGAGGUUUUACCCACAGCGCCACCCGCAUCCCCAUCAGAUGUUGUAAUCAGUGUAUUUGACCAGGAGUCAUGUGAAGACUGGAUGAGAGCCAACAGACUAAAGCUCAAUCCAGAUAAGACUGGAUGGGAGGUUGCCUGCUUUUGCUGACAUUGCACUCCCUCUGAAGGAGCGGGUACACAGCUUAGGGGUACUCCUGGGUCCUUUGCUGUCACUUGCGGCUCAGGUGGCCUCAGUGGCAUGGAGUGCCUUCUAUCGGUUUUGGCUGGUGGCCCAGCUGUGCCCCUAUCUGGACAGGGAUAGCCUAACUUCUGUUGUCUAUUGUUUGGUUUUGUUUAUUGUGUAUUUUGUGUUGUGAACUGCCCUGUGGUAUUUGGAUGAAGGGCAGUAUACAAAUUUAGUAAAUUUAAAUAAUAUGCAUUGGCAUUCUGCCAGCUUUUGAAGACGCACUUUUGAGCUCUCAACCGAAGUCUCCUGUUUUAAUUUUCUGCUGUUUUAAGGGGACUGCUUUACUGAAAGUUUCGCUUACGAGUGUUUAUACUUUAAUGUUUCUGUAACUAAUUUUAUACUUUGUAAACAGUUUAAAAGCCUAGUUGAGUAAUAAGUGGUGUGUUGUUGUUGUUGUUGUUGUUGUUGUUACAGUGGUACCUUAGUUCUCAAACUUAAUCCAUUCCGGGAGUCCGUUUGACUCCCGAAACAAUUCAGAAACCAAGACGCAGCUUCCGACUGGCCACAGGAACUUCCUGCACUCAAGCGGAAGCCGCUUUGGACGCUCGGCUUCUGAAAAAUGUUCGCAAACCAAAAUACUUCCAGGUUUGUGGCGAUCGGGAGCCAAUUUGUUCAACAACUAAGCCAUUUGGGAACCAAGCUACCACUAAUAAUAAUAAUACUUUUAUUAUCAUUGUACAACCUGUGUACAAUGAAAUUAAACCAUUGUAUUGUUAUUGUUGUUGUUGUUGUUGUUGAUAAUUCCUAUGUCACACUUAGGUAUUUCUGAUUUGUUCCCUGGCCACUAGCUGUAUGAAUGUCUGUAAGGCACAAGGAAAAUCCCCCAAAUUAUAUUUUCAACUCUUGCUUGCAUUUCUUUGGUUUUUCUGGACUGGACUUUUGUAAAAUGACUUGCAAAGCAACUUUUUAUUACUAUUAUUCAUUCUUUAUUAAAUUUGUAUACCACCCUUCAUCCUAAGGUCACAGGAUGGUUCACAACAUAAAAAUACAAAAUGAGAACACAAAAUACCUAAGAAAACAAACACACACCAAUAACCCUCCUCCCACAAACCCAGUUAAAGGGGCAUAGAAUCUUAAUCAGCCAGAGACCUGGUUAAAGAGAAACAGUUUCACCUGGUCCCUAAAGAUAUGCAAUGAAGGUGCCAGGCGAGCCUCCAUGGAGAGAGCAUUCCACAAAUGAGGAGCCACUGAAGAAAAGGUCCGUUCUCAUGUUGUCACCUUCUGGACCUCUCAUGAAGGAAGCACAUAAAGAAGGACCUCAGGUUAUGACUGCAGUGUCAGUGUGGUUCAUAUGGGGAGAGGAAGUCCUUGAGGUAUUGCAGUCCUUUCGAUACACAGCUGUGCAGUAAUCUUACCAUUUUUAUGUUGCAGGCCUGGCAGUAUCUUGGGACAACACAAGCUGAGAAUGAAAAUGAGCAGGGAGCAAUUGUUGCACUCCAAAGGUAAAUGGUGUUAAUUGCUGCAUAGAGACUCUCAGCUAUAAUUUUUAAAAAUAAUAAUAAUGAAGAAGUCAAGUUUCUAGUCCUUAAGGCAAGGAAGACAGACUUUAAAGAUUGACCACAAUGCCUGGUCCUUGCCCCUCCCCAUCAAAACAAAUUAUGCAAAGUAUAUGUAAGUUUGCUUUAAUUUGCAUGGGUGUGAAACUGUGGUGUGCCAUAUUUGAGCCACCUUGGUGCAGAAACAAUUAUUACAGUGGUACCUCAGGUUAAGUACUUAAUUCGUUCCAGAGGUCCAUACUUAACCUGAAACUGUUCUUAACCUGAAGCACCACUUUAGCUAAUGGGGCCUCCUGCUGCUGCCGCGCCGCUGGAGCAAGAUUUCUGUUCUCAACCUGAAGCAAAGUUCUUAACCUGAAGCACUAUUUCUGGGUUAGCGGAGUAUGUAACCUGAAGCGUAUGUAACCUGAAGCGUAUGUAAGCUGAGGUACCACUGUAUUAGUAUUUAAGCUCACACAGCGCAGAGGCUUAUGUAUCCUUAAAGGGAUCUGCAAAACUUAAUCCGGUAUGUUACUGAAUCAAGCAAAUGGGAACGUGGGAAAAGGCAAUGUCGUCCGGCAAACACAACCAAGGAACUCUGCAAACAGGAGGCCUGCUUGGUAUUCCUGGCACUUGCGCACUUUCUAAAAGUUUAUCUCUUCAUUAGAAGUGCUCCUUAAUUGAGCUAAACUCAAUCCGACAGCCGCAUGUUAAGUAUAUGGUGAUCGUUUCUGCUGCUGCCUCUGUUCCAGUACUAGGCAGAUAACGGUCGUGCCACAUUUUCUAAUGCUAGUUAUUAUUCUCUGCUUGUGCUCAGAAAGUUAGCUGCGUCAUAUUCAUUUUCUCCUCACACUGAGUAUAUACUCUCCAAACCUAAUGAUAUUAGCUGUGUUAAUAAGCUAAUCCGUUUAUCUAACAAUGCUUCCAUUACUGUAGCCCUUUCACAGGUUCCCUCCCUGCAUACAGUAAAUCAACUGGCGGGGGGAGGGGUGGGAAUAAACCAUGCGCAUGACUCCUGCACCCCAACACCACCCAAAAAACUUCCAUUUACAAAGGGGGCUUGUAGGCUUGUGCAGCACUGGAUACAACCCUGCUGAGUUUGUAAUGUUUUGUAUUCUAUCCAGUGCUUUUUUGCUACAAAAAGAGGUGUCGGAAUUCACCAUGAAUGCCUCCCUUGUUCAUAUAUAUAUUAUUAAGUUUCAACGAUUUUUAACAUAUACAGUCAAAACACGAUUUCGUCUUUUUUUUCUUAUUUUUGUCGACUUCCCACCCCUUUUCCCGUAGAGCUGUUAUUUCCCCCUUCUGCUGCACCCUAUCUUCUAUCAGAUCAUAGCCACAAUAUUAUAAUCGCCUCCCUUAUUCUCUUAUAACGGCAAUGGUGCCUACUUGAGAAGUUCCAGAACUGAGUUCCGGCAAAUUCUGGCUGGGGGAAAAAAGCCCUGGUUCUAUCUUAUUUUACUGUACAGUGGUACCUCGGGUUAAGUACUUAAUUCAUUCCGGAGGUCCGUUCUUAACCUGAAACUGUUCUUAACCUGAAGCACCACUUUAGCUAAUGGGGCCUCCUGCUGCCGCCGUGCCGCCGGAGCACAAUUUCUGUUCUCAUCCUAAAGCAAAGUUCUUAACCUGAAGCACUAUUUCUGGGUUAGCGGAGUCUGUAACCUGAAGCGUCUGUAACCUGAAGCAUAUGUAACCUGAGGUACCACUGUAUAUCACUUUUGGUUGUGAAGUGGUUUAUAAAUCUGCAAACAAACAAAUAAGCAAACAAAGCCAGCGCAGCAUCCAUCCCAGGCUGGAUAGUCAUAUCAUUUGACCUUAAGAUGCCCAAUUUGGACCCCAAUGAAUCGCUAGGAUGCAUCUUCUGAUUCCAGUGGUGAUGCUGAGGUCAGCAGUUGUUAUGUGAACUUCACUGCCUGCCACUAGAGGUGGUUUUUAGGAACCAAGGAUAAAUGGUUAAGCCAAGUCUGAAAUCCUAUGUAUACUUAACAGGGCAUUCCAAAUUAUGUCUACUCAGUCCUACUGAAGUCCAUGCACCUUACUCCCAGCUAAGUGGGGUUAGGAUUGCAGCCAAAGUCUGCAGACUGGGACUUUGCUGCCAAGUAAACCUGCAUUGUUAAUUAUAAACAAACCAAAAAAUAAUAAAUGUCUAAUUAUUUUGUUAGCAAAGUCUUUUGUUGGCUCAGCUUAAGUGUUGCAUUCAAAUUAGCAGGACUUAUGCCAACGCAUUGAGAGGGAUCUAACUAAUAUGGGUUUCCGCUAUUCUGUUCAGGUGCCUAGAGCUCCAGCCAAACAACUUGAAAGCCUUGAUGGCCUUGGCUGUGAGCUUUACAAACACCAGCCAUCAGCAGGAGGCUUAUGAAGCGCUAAGAAACUGGAUCAAGCAGAAUCCUAAAUACAAGUACAUCGUCAGGAGUAAAAAAGGAUCCCCAGCGCUUACCAGGAGAAUGUCCAAGGCAGCAGAAGAAAGGUAACAGAAGGUCUGAUAAAUGGGCGUUAUGAAAUAGAUUUGGGAUUUCUUAAAAGCAGUCACAGUAAUUUAAGAAAGUCAUGUGGUCUCCUUCAGAUGUUACAGCCCUGUUUAGGGAAGCUUUUAAUAUUUGAUGAAUUAUUGUAUUUUAAUAUUUUGUUGGAAGUCGCCCAGAGUGGCUGGAGAAACCCAGCCAGAUGGUCGGGGUAUAAAUAAGUUGUUGUUGUUGUUGUUGUUGUUGUUGUUGUUGUUGUUGUUACUGGACUAAAACUCCCAUCAUCCUAGACCAGACUUUCUCAACUUUGGGUUCCCAGAUGUUGUUGGACUACAACUUAAAUGGCUCAGGACUGCAAUACCCCAAGGAUUGCCUCUCCCCCGAACCCCAAGAUCAUCCUCUGAGGCCCUUCUUCAUGUGCCUCCUCCACAAGAAGUCUGGAGGGUGGCAACACAAGAACAGGCCUUUUCUGUGGUGGCUCCCUGUUUGUGGAAUGAUCUCCCCAGGGAGGUUUGGCUGGUGCCUUCAUUAUACACCUUUAGGCGCCGUGCAAAAACGUUCCUGUUCAACCGGCCUUGGGCUGAUGGACAUCCCUUUUGAACAUGUUGUGGGAGGGGGGAGGGGAUUUUGGGUUUGUUGUUAUUCUUAUUUUUACUAUGCAUUUUGUGGGUUUUUUAAUGUUGUGAACUGCCCUGAGAUCUGCGGUUGAUGGGCGGCAUACUAAUAAUACUACUAAUACAACUUCCAUCAAUGAUGGCACUUGGGGUCUCAUAUUUCAGCGGCGUCCUGUGCGAUGCCAAAAUUCACCCUUCCCCAUCUCACCUUCCAUUCUGCAUCAUAGUUGUGGCACCCCCAAGGCUCUGCGCCCAAUGUGACUGAAUUCAUCCCACUCCCCUAUACAGUGGUACCUCGGGUUAAGUACUUAAUUUGUUCCAGAGGUCCGUUCUUAACCUGAAACUGUUCUUAACCUGAAGCACCACUUUAGCUAAUGGGGCCGCCUGCUGCCACCGCGCCGCCGGAGCACAAUUUCUGUUCUCAUCCUGAAGCAAAGUUCUUAACCCGAGGUACUAUUUCUGGGUUAGCAGAGUCUGUAACCUGAAGCGUAUGCAACCUGAAGCAUAUAUAUAUAUAUAUAAGCAUGUAUCCACCUCUGUUUCCAUCAUCCAUAGCCAGCAGGGGGAGCAGUCAGGGAUGAUGGGAGUGGCAGUCCAACAACAUCUGGAAACCCAAGAUUGAGAAAGGCUGUCCUAGGCCAUUGGUCAUACUGGCUGGGACUGAUGGGAAUUCUACUCCAACAUACAUCAGGCACAACUUUGUCUAACCCUGAAAUACAUGCUUCCCCUGCAGUGUGAACUUGGCUUCACAACUUGUCCAUCCAUGCAGUUUGAAUGCUAGACUAGUGCUCUGUCCUACUUCUCCCCUUGCAUGUCAGCUGACUACAUCUUUGGAUUUUUCAUGAGAGGGUUAUGUAUGCAGAUGCUUGUUCAUCCUUUGCUUUACACAAUCACACACUUGUCGAUGGUUAUAAAAUGGCUUCACAGACGGGGGGAGGAGAAGGGAAGCUGUCACGCUGAUGUCAUGGACGCUAGCCCAUAGGUGCCCACCAAAACCAACAUUUCACUGGUUCAAUCUGACAUAUCAGAAUUUGUAGAUCUGGUUUCAGAAGGGUUCACACACACCCAAGGCAAAAAGAAUGGACCAUAUGAUUUGAGGGCCCGGGUGGCCGUUUCACAAACACUAGGUAAAGGUAAAGGGACCCCUGACCAUUAGGUCCAGUCAUGACCAACUCUGGGGUUGCGGCGCUCAUCUCUCUUUAUUGGCCAAGGGAGCUGGCGUUUGUCCGUAAACAGCUUCCGGGUCAUGUGACCAGCAUGACUAAGCCGCUUUUGGCGAACCAGAGCAGCACACGGAAACACAGUUUACCUUCCCGCUGGAGCAGUUCCUAUUUAUCUACUUGCACUUUGAGGUGCUUUCGAACUGCUAGGUUGGCAGGAGCAGGGACCGAGCAACGGGAGCUCACCCCAUCGCAGGGAUUCGAACCGCCAACCUUCUGAUCAGCAAGCCCUAGGCUCUGUGGUUUAACCCACAGCGCCACCCGCGCCCCUACACCGCUCUUAAAAUGUUACACUUGCCUUUGUCUUGUGCUGCUCUCUUCUUCCAGUUCACUGCUGGAAGAGGUGAAGGAGCUAUACCUGGAGGGAGCCCAUCAGAACGGAGAGAUGAUAGACCCGGACUUACAAACAGGACUUGGCGUGCUCUUCCACCUGAACGGAGAAUUCAACAGAGCAAUAGAUGCAUUCAGCGCUGCCCUCACAGUUCGGCCUGAGGUAAGUUUUACACUUUUGCAUUAACAGGCUUUUGACACUCUCCUCUUCUGUCUGUUCUUAAAGUCAGGCCUGCAUUAAUGAGCUGUCACUCCUGCCAUUAAUACUCUGGUGCCUGAAAUAGAAAUAUUAAUUGCAAGGAGAGAGUCCCAUUUUCAAGAAGUUCUAUUCCUGCCCCAUUUCUGACUGGCCUGCAAAUGAAUCAAAGUUGUUUUAUAGGGAGUUAUCCACAGCUACGAGACAUGUUCUCAUGUUCUAUGCCAGUUAAUGGAGAAGGCAAUUAAUUCCAAUUCCACCCCCUUCACCCUCCACUCCACCAAUCAUUAAUUUGAGGCUGCUGGCAAAAAGAGAGAAAGAGACAGCUAUACAGGGAUAUAUGUACAUAGCUAUAUAUGUACAAGGAUUGCACUAAUACUAGAAAGCUGUUGUUGUGUUUGUCAGGAUUAUUCAUUGUGGAACCGUCUCGGUGCAACCUUAGCAAAUGGAGAUCGGAGUGAGGAAGCGGUAGAAGCUUACACAAGAGCACUGGAAAUCCAGCCUGGCUUCAUCAGGUCCAGGUACAAUUUAGGAAUAAGCUGCAUCAACCUUGGAGCAUACAGGUGAGAACAGUUCAGCCACCCUUUACAUGGAACAGCCGGUUCUUCCCAUAAUUCUAUAGUGGGACCAUGAAAUGAGUCUAGAAUGGGGCCAUGCAAACUGGAGGAGGGUUGAUUUCCAAUGGCUGGAGUUGCUAGGUGACCAGGAGCUGAGAAGGGACCACCCAAUUGGUGUCUACCCUUUAUGGUCUCACGUUUGCCACUUGGGGACACAAGUUGUUUUAUUUCCACCUACACCAGGGGUGGGGACCCUCCAGAUGUUGUUGGAUGGACUCCUCUCCCAUCAGCCUCAGUCAGCAUAGCCAAUAGUCAGGAGUGAUGGGAGCUGUCUUCAAGCAACUUCUGGAGGUCCACAGCUUCCACAUCCUGGUCCUACAGCCCACCUGCCAUGCUGCUGGCUGUUUUGCUAGCUUAUGGCUCAAAGACUGAUGUCUAAAGAAGGAAUGGGGGGGGUGUUCUUAGCUCUUUUCUGAAUACUUGUAAAAAUGAGUUCAAAUGAGCCUGGUUCCAGAGGUUUGGGAGAUUGCUUCUCUUCCCCACCUGGUUAUGGUCCCCUAUAUUUGAGUAGUGCUUCUCCAUCAGAUCUCCAGUGCAAAUUGUGGCUCAUGUAAAGAGGGACACCCUGUUAGAUAACCCAAAGAGAGCAGGUUUUUCCUGUGUGCCGAUUAGAAACACAGGGAUCACUGCUUCCAGACACAACCCAUGAAGGCCACGGGAAAUGGGAGGUCAUGCAUCACCCUCAGAAGAAAUGGCCUUUCCCCCAAGCAAGGGCUUCUCAUUUUCAUAACAUGCCAUUACCCUGCAAAGCUGGUAGGCCAGAGUGUACUAGGUCUCCCUUGGUGGAAGAAAGGUGUCUUAAACUCAAAAUGCAUGGGGUGGCAUUUUCUUAGACUUAUGGGCAGUGGCAGUGGCAGAGCUCUGGAUAUUUCCAGAUAUUAGACUGCAACUUCCAUUAGCCAUAUUGGGUGGGGCUGAUGAGCCGGACCAAUUUUGUUUUAAAGGGAUUGCAUUACCUGAGGUGAUUCAGGAAAGAAGUGUAGAAAAAUGAGAUUGCUGAAUAUGAUUGAUGACAAAUUGCUGCUUCGGAUUCUUGUUCUGCAGAAGUGUUGGCCCCAGUUUUUACAUAUCUUCUCUUCUACCCAACAGAGAGGCAGUCAGCAAUUUCCUCACAGCUCUCAAUUUGCAACGAAAGAGCCGGAAUCAGCAGCAGGUUCCUCACCCUGCAAUUUCAGGUAAUAUCUGGGCAGCUCUCCGGAUUGCUCUGUCUAUGAUGGACCAGCCAGAACUUUUCCAGGCCGCUAAUGUGGGCGAUCUGGACGUCCUACUAAAAGCUUUCAACAUUGAACCCUGA